AUGGCCAAUGCCCUCUGGGACGCCAGGGCCAUCUCCUAUCAAGGAUGUGCUGCACAGGUCUUUUUCUUUCUCUUCUUUAUAGCAGCAGAAUUUUCUGUUCUUACUCUCAUGGCCUACGACCGUUACGCUGCCAUCUGCAAGCCCCUGCACUACGGGAGCCUCGUGGGCAGCAGAGCUUGUGGCCAGAUGGCAGCAGCUGCCUGGGGCAGUGGCUUUCUCAAUGCUGUGCUGCACACAGCUAAUACAUUUUCCCUGCCCGUCUGCCAAGGUAAUGAGCUUGAUCAGUUCUUCUGUGAGCUUCCUCAGAUCCUCAAGCUCUCCUGCUCAGAGUCAUUCCUCAGGGAGGUUGGGCUUAUUGUAGUUAGUGUCUGUUUAGCAUUUGGUUGUUUUGUGUUCCUUGUGCUGUCCUAUGUGCAGAUCAUCAGGGCCGUGCUGAAGAUGCCCUCUUCUCACGGCCGGCACAAAGCCUUUUCCACGUGCCUCCCUCACCUGGCCGUGGUCUCCCUGUUUGUCAGUACUGGCAUGUUUGCCUACCUGAAGCCCCCCUCCAUCUCCUCCCCAUCCCUGGACCUGGUUGUAGCAGUUCUCUACUCUGUCAUUCCUGCUGCCUUGAACCCCCUCAUCUAUAGCAUGAGAAACAAGGAGCUCAAGGAUGCAUUGAGGAAACUCUUUGGAUACAUUUCUUCAUCAUUAAUAAUGGGCGCAAAGUCCUAA